AAGUGGCAGACAGUGGCUGCAGCUAUAGUUUCACACAGCGCAGAAAUCACGCCUGGUGUUUCAGCGGCUCGUGGAGAUCAUGAUUUAAAAUCCGCUGCCCGGUGAUUUGAAGGAUUUGGUUCAUUGCGCAGCAGCGAGUGUUUCCGUCACACACAGGAAGAGACGCUACGUGUUGUCGUGGGGCUGAGGCUGGUUGUGUUGUUGCAUCCACCGUUGCUAGCUAGCUGCUGGUUAGCCGGACAUGUUGGUAGCUAACACCAACAGCAGGUCUGACACCAGAACCAGCAGCGGGGUGGUUCGUGUGUAACGGAGCCACACGUGUUAAUAUAACCCUGCAGGGAGACACACGGAGAAGAGCGUUAGCUGGAUGCUAACGUCGCCCAGCUAGCUGUGUGGUGUGUGUGUGCGUGUGUGCGCGCUCGCUCGGUGCCACGGAGCCGCGUCGCUGUCCACGUCUCUUCUGCCGUGUGUAACGUUGCCAGCUGAGCUAGGCCACGUCCCCGCGGGCGUUUUUCACCCGCUGACACAGGACGGAGCGGCGGAACAUGCCCAGUGUGCGGAAGGAGGGAGGAGAGUGCGGCUCGGUGGACAUGUCUUCCAGCUUCAUGCCUGUCUGGGUGUAGUGUUUGUAUUUCGCCGCAGAUACACUCGGCAUGUCACGUAGACGGAUGUGCUUGACACCGGGAGAGUAGCGCGCGCACUGGGCUCCGGAGGCUGCGGCAACGACACAGAGUUACGUUACAGGGUAUUUUCAGUGGGGAUGGUUGGGUUUGGCGCAAACCGACGGGGAGGCCGCCUCCCGUCCUUCAUCCUCAUCUUCCUCAUGGUGAUCAUCGGCGUGCUGUCGUUCAACUACUGGACGGUGUCCAGCAAGCACGGCCGUCUGCUGGACGAGCUGGCCGAGGUGCAGACGCAGGUGAAGCGCACGGACGCGGCGCGGAGUCGGCUGGAGAAGCGCAACACGGAGCUGAUGGUGCAGGUGGAGACACACAGGAAGCAGAUCGACCAGAAGGAUGGAGACUACAGCGUCCUGGAGGGCAAGCUGCAGGCCCGGGAGGCGCUCAUCAAGAGGUGCGGGGAUGAGAAGAUGAAACUGCAGAGUGAAGUCACAUCCCAAAUUACAGAAAUCCAGAGGCUCGAAGAGCAGCUAAAGGAGCUGAAGCAGGAGUUCAUAAAACAGGAGGACCAGCUGAGAGAAGUGAAGAAAAACAGCACCACGUUGGAAAGAAAACUGGAGUACGAGAGUUUACAGUGUGGACGUCAGAUUGCACAACUAAAAAACGAGUAUGAAGAAUCCAAGAAGACUCUGGAGCAAGAAACCUCAAAGCUAAGACAGAGUGUGAUUAUCAGCCAAAAGGGUGUAGUGGCAGAUGGAGCACCUGGCGUUGAGAUGGUUGGAGAGCGCCAUACUGUGGCCACUAACCGGCAUGACAGUAAUGAUUUAAAAGAAGAGAUGGGGAAGCCUGGCAGUGAUGCUGGCAUGCCUGGCAUUGAAGACAGUGAGGUGGGAAAAAUCGAUGAUGUGCAGUUUGCCUUGAAGAAACCAGCCAUCACUAAGAAGCACGACGAGGCCCCUGAUGUGGUUGUGGGCGCCGGGGCCGGACCUGGCGUUGGGGCAGCUGACGGGCCUGGAGUCCAGGGUCUGUCUCUGGACCAGCCCAGGCUGCAGCAGGACAGGGUGGAGGUCCAAGCUGUAGGGGUUGCACCUCCAAACAUCAUGAAACAGGCGGACAAACCAAUAGUGUUUGAAGAGGACAACAAGGCAGGUAUCAAGGCAGACGAGCUGGGAGAAGAGCAAAGACAACUCCGAGCUCCAGAUAAUGUCAAGGGUGACAGCGAACACUUGAGGGGUCUUGCUCUGCCCCCCAACCCUGCCCAGGUGCCCAAGCACAUCCAGCCUCACCACCCAAAAGACCAAGUCGCAGCAGAGCCAGUUCAUCACCGUCAAAGCCGGUUCUUUGAUGAGAACGAGUCCCCAGUAGAUCCGCAACACGGCUCUAAGCUGGCGGACUACAAUGGGGAUGAUGGGAACGUGGGUGAGUAUGAGGCCGACAAGCAGGCCGAGCUGGCCUACAAUGAGGAAGAGGAUGGUGAUGGUGGGGAGGAAGACGUUCAAGAUGAUGAUGAUCGUGACAUGCAGGGAGAUCGGGCUGUGGAUUAUGGAAAAAGACAUCAAGCUAUUGACAUUCUUUGAAUGGGAACUCAUACAGCUGUAACUCAUUAAACAUAUUCAGACCUGCCUCUACAACCAAGGUCUCUCUCAACAAGAUAGUUUGAACAUCAAUAUGUUUAAAGAAUUUAUAAGGUGCAUCCUCAAUGUCAUGCGCUGAUCAGACAUUACAACUAAUGAAUUAAUUCUGAAUAACUUAACAUGAUAUGAAGAAGAAGAAAAACAUGGCAUUGUCCUGAGCUGCUCUUGAUUUCCCAGUGGUUCUACGACAGUAGAGAUGAGAUGCUGUACAUUGACUGUUGAGUUUUGUUACUUGAUAUCGGCCUCAGAUCGUGACUGAUUUGUCUGAAUGAGGCCUGUUGACUCACAUCUGAACUUCGAGGUCGAACUGUGUUUUUGUUUUUGCUACUUUUCUUUACAGGUCGCUCUAACGUCAUAGAAACAAACUCUUCACCUGAGAUGUUUAUCAAAGAGACUAACUUGGCAUUCUGCCUUUUCAACAUAACUUUGGGACUUUUACAGUGAAGACUUUUUUUUUUUUUUUUCAGGAAUGGGAAUACUCUACAAAUGCCAAGGACUCUUCUUAUGGCCUAUUAAAUCAGUUUCUUUUCUUUGUGACAGACACUCCAAAGUGCUCCUCAUUGUUUUGUUUUCUUAAUGAUACCAUCGCAUGCAGUCAAAACCUUUUAUUAAUCAAAUUAAGCAAAAUACUGAUGCAUAAGCAAUACUUAGAGCAAUUGUUAGUAUCCUCCGCCGUGUGCAAAGAUGAUCUGAGCACACAUGGAACUGACUUACUGUACACAUGCUUCCAUUAAUGAAGUCUCUUGUACAUAAUGUAGUUGAGCUGUUACCAUUUGUACUGAGGAGAUGUCCUCGUCCUUAGAGAAAUCCGUCAACAUGAAAUCGGUUCUGUUUGUGCAGCCAGGUACAUAGAUUUCUCGUGGAAAGGCAGAUUGAAUGUAAUUUAAUUUUAUUAAAGGUGAUGCUUCAUGUCA